AUAAUCGAUAAUAAAAUUUAAGAUUUUUAAUUUUGGAAGUUUUUAUCUUUCAGGACUAAACUCUUGGAUCAAAAAUGGCCUCUCUAAAGAUGAACCUCCUCGUCCUCACCGUUGCUGUGCUCGGUGUAUACCUUGUCCACGAGAUUUCUGCAGCGUCAGCUCAUUGUGGUUAUCACAGACACACCACGUGGAACUUUCGAGUUUGUAACUCCACCCAUUGCAAAUAUUACUACAGAGUCUACUACGGUAUCUGUUAUUCAAGUGGGAAUUUGGCUUACGACUUGAAGGUCUCACUUAAUGGGGCACCUUUGUAUUAUUACAGAAUAAUUCGAAGGACAAAAAGAAGCAUUGAAACGGAGGAUGACGUCUUUGAAAAAGUGGAGAGGAGCAGUAAUGAAGCAGAAGAAAGACAAACAAAGAGCGUAGGGGAAUCUGAAUAUUAUAAAAUACUAAGAGGCAUUGAUGGCCAAAAAUCGUCUAAGAGAAGCACUGGAUAUUUGACUACUAAAAUUGAAGGUUAAAUCAUAGGGAACUAGAAGAAUGAAGGACACACAAAGGAAUCAUUCUAUCAUUUGUGUUAAAAGUGAAAUAAAAUUGUCUGCAUGAUAA